GACUCACGGCUUAUGCAGCGUCUUCACUUAAACCUGUGCGGAGAUGGGACUUUCUCCACUGGAUUAACAACUCUUCCGUCGUCUAACGAACAAAACAAGUAUUUAUGAUAGCAAUGAAUAUUUAUAACCGCUAUCAGAUAUCACUCGUCUAACAGGUGAAUCAGAUGUGAUCAGAUCAGUCCCGGUCCACCCGUCACAUCUCUGUUAUUCCUUAGCGAUGGCUAAAUAUCACGCGGUGGGUAAAUGAUUGACUCGAUUUAUACAGACCACUGGGUGUUGUCUUUUCUUCCAUUGAAAUUCAGAUAACUGUUUCCUGGUUAGAGAAAGGUUUAAACUUGAUCAGUUGUGUACGAUUCACCAAAUAAUCGCGCAUCUGAAGAGGAAUAAAGAUGGGGAAAUCAUUCACUGUGGCUCACUGGCUUCUGCUCACGCUGGGACUAGUAACGGCUCAAGCAGAGAAAGCAGAGCAAGCUCUGCCAAACUGGCUCACGGGAAUCAUCGCCGUUGGUGUGUUCCUCUUUCUGAUCUUCGUCGCCUUCCUUGUAAACAAAGCCUGGUGUGAAACUCCAAGCAAACCAGAAGCUGUAUCCAAUGAAUACGCCAUGACCAAUGGAUCAACCCGUCUCGACGCAGUCAGGAGCAUUGAUGACUCUAAUGCCUACGAUGACGUGAUUGUUUACAAAACCGAUGAAAAGGUGACCGAGAUGUAAUCAAGGAAACGUCCACAACCAGCAAAGACAGCAUGCCAUGUUAACCUUAUCUUUUUUUUUUUUUUUGUAUCAAGUUAUAAUUUUAAUAGCUUACACAGCUUAUCUAGUUCCAAAGGCUAGCAGUUUUUUUGAUUAUACAUUAAUUGUAGUUCAUUUUAAAAGGAAAUUGUUGUUGUAACAAUCUGUGAACAUUUUAAUAUAAUAUCAGACAUUCAGUAUAUCAC